AUGCCUGCUUUGGUGAGCUAUGCGGUCGCUGCUAGCCUGGCCGUUGCGGUGGCUGGUCAGCAGCUCGGCAACGCGCAGGAGUACCACAUCCCAAUGCCGGUGCAAUCUUGCAGAAAGUAUGGCGGCUGCCACGUCGAGCAGGCGGAAGUCGUCAUGGACAUGCAGUGGCGGUGGAUGCACAACAAGGAUGGCUACAGAAACUGCUUGCCUGGCGAAUUCUGGGACACGGCCUUUUGCCCGGAUCCAGCCACUUGCUCCAGGAAUUGUGCCAUGGAAGGAGUGGACCAAAAUGCUUACACGCAGAAUUACGGGGCCCAUCAGCUCCAGAACGGCAUCAAGCUAGACUGGCCCAAAGGCCCGCGAGUCUACAUGCUUGACGGUCCGGAUAAGUAUAAGAUGUUCAGGUUGCUGAACAAGGAGUUCACCUUUGAUGUAGACCUUUCCACUCUUCCUUGUGGCCUGAAUGCAGCUUUGUACUUCGUUGAGAUGGACGAGUUCGGUGACCGCAGCGGCAGCAACCCGGGCGGUGCCAAGUACGGCACUGGCUAUUGCGACGCGCAGUGCCCGCACAUGAGGUUCAUCCGUGGCGAAGCCAACCUGAUAGGCUGGGAGAAGCUGCUCCAGAGAGAGAACCCCGAUGGCCAGAUCAUUGCGGGCGGACACGAGGGUAAGUAUGGCUAUUGCUGCGCUGAGCUGGACGUUCUGGAGGCCAAUCGUGAUGCCGGGGUCUUCACAUCCCACCCCUGCAACCGUGAGAAACAAACGAUUUGCGAGGGCAAAGAUCAAUGUGGCGACAAGGGCGAGGGAAAGCUUGGGAUUUGUGACAAGGAUGGCUGCGGCUUCAGUGACUACCGCAUGGGCAGCCCGCAGUUCUGGGGUGCCGGCCCGAAUUUUGCUGUGGAUACAUCAAAGCCCAUGACGGUCGUCACACAGUUCCUCACCCAUGACGGUACGGACCAUGGUGACCUCGUCGAAGUCCGCCGCUUCUACGUGCAGAACAAUCAGGUCGUUCAGAACUCUCAGACCACUCUCUUGCCGAACGGCGGUGACUCUUUGACGGAUGCUAUGUGCAAUGAGCAGAGCCAUGUCUUCAAGCAGAAGACGAACGGCCACAGGGAUCUGGGUGGUCUGAAGGCCAUGGGUGAGGCUAUGCGUCGUGGAAUGGUCUUGUCGAUGUCUAUCUGGGACUCUGAUUUCGACCGCAUGUUGUGGCUUGAUGGCGAGAAGAGUCGCUUCGACGAUGACAUGAGCCAGCCUGGCAUCAAGCGCGGUCCUUGCCCCUUCCAUUACGGCGACCGUGAGGACAAUCUGCGCCACGCUGAGCAGCAUGGCCCCAUGUCCGUCACUUUCACAAACAUCAGGUACGGCGACCUGGGUUCGACAAUCCCUUUGGUGUGA